GGUCGGGGAAACUUUCCAUGACUGUCGUAGGCACACGAUGACUUGGAGUUAACAUCUGUCUUCUAAAUCCAAGGUGGAAAAUUAUGUCGGGAUUUUUUUUUCUUUGAAACAAGGGUAGCAACCUCAUGUGAUUUCAUACUCAUUCGAAAAAGGAAUCUUAAGAGUUAUACAUUAUACAACGAAUAUUCAUAGAAUGCACAUUAGUUAUCACCAUGAUCGCAGGUCCUCCAAAAGGAGGUCGUCUCAUAUUUCCAUAAUAUUUUUUCAACCACUAGCCAUUCUAUGUGGAAUGUCCGAUAACUCUGAUGCUGUCGGAGAAGUUGUCGAGCGAUAAGAAACGUAUUCUGCAGUCGUAUCGAAGUUGUGUCAGAAAAAAAAAUCAAAACCCGUUGACAAAAGAUUAUAACGUGGGGGAAGUGAUUGGAUCAGAAUGUCGGCAGCAUCAAACACGCAGCGCAAGGUCCAAGAUGACAGUAAAGGCAUUUCUAAACUGUUCUCCAGAAUGACCAAGGUUCAUGAAGUCAACCGAAAAUACGACCACGCCCUCAGCGUCAGGGUCGACGAGCUGCGCCAGAAGGAGCACAUGGAGCGAGUCCGGCGCUAUUCGGACGUCAGACUCUUACAACGCACCCUCUCUGAGAUGCAGAUGGAAAGGAGUCGAAUGACGCACACCUUCACGCCAGAGGAAAUCGACAAUGACGAGGUUGCACCGGUCAUGUCCUGGCGUAAGAUCCAACUGAAGCGAUUCCAAACACAGCCCAGGGUCAGGCAGCGGAGGAGAUCGAACGCUGCUCAGACACUCCUUGCCGUGACAGAUAACACGGAAUUCACCGCAAAGAAUAAGUUCAGGUCGGCAGUAAUGGCGGUGUGUCUGUCUAAAGCUCUAUCAAAGAUUCCUGAAAAGAACAAAAUUAGUGAAACACCAGAGAAUCAAACAGUUCAACAUGAAAAGAAUAAGAGUGUCUCGACCAUAAACUGGAUAAAGCAAUUGAAGCACGCGAACGAAGACAAACUGUCACCAACGCACACUCCAACUAAAAUUGAAAGCAUUGAACCGAAAAAUGAGACGGAGAAGUGCGAAUCUUCGAUGCCCGAAACUUCUGAAAUAGAACGAUCAUCACAGAUCCUUGAUAUCUUGAGGAACAGUUCAUCAGACCAGAGUAAAUCAUCGUGGGCAAGACCAGCAGAUAAAAAAGUCAACCCUGUACCGACUUUCGGUCAACUGCACCCAGCGCGUCGUUCGUCAUUGCCACGUCGACCUGGCGACCCCAAAAGAAGGCGACCUUCUACAUCAGAUAAUAUGGACAAUGACUCCCCGCAGUUUUUCAUGGACAAAACUGGAACAGUUCGCCGACUUUCAAGGCCAACGAUCAAGGACGACAUCGACGAUCAAGGAAGUCGAGGGUUAAGAUCGCAGAGUUCUUCAGAUCCUGGUGGUAGUACGAGGGGAACACCAAGAACUUGCAAGGUAUAUUCCGCAGACUCGUCGCACUGGGAAGUACUGAACGACGCGUCGGAGAGCAAAAACGGAACGGUGCCUUCGAAAUUGGAAAGGAAAAAGAGUGAGCAGCUGAAGAGAGAUAAGGAGGUAAUGGAGAGGCUGCGUAAGUUUCUCGACUCUACGAUGCCGUGAGAUUGAGUUCAUUAAUUAAUUGUGAUGAAUACAUUAAGACAUUAUGGCCGUAUUUUGAAGCCCAGUUUAACUUACACCGUGGUCUAACUCUGUAUUAAAAUUAUGGUGAGCUGAAAGUGUACAAAGUAGCUCACAUUGUAUAUUUUUAAUAUUAUUUUGCUGUGCUCUUUCGUCACUCUUUAAUGAUAGGGAAAGCAUUUUUAGUUAUUAUUUCAAGGUAGUUAUGAAUUAUUUUGUGUGCCACAUUUUUGGUACCAAUAGAUAGACUACAACUUUUGACCAGAGUUUGAAUUAGACCUGAUGUCAGAAUAUUAUGUUCGUCGUUGCGUUACAUACUAUUAGUCAGCU